AUGGAAACAAUUACGACUUCUGGGAAAUCGGUUCGAGGACUUCCCCGAGAUGUCUCUCCAGCAUCAUCAUCUCAAUCUUCUCAACAUGCAUACUCAAUCGACUCCCGUUCAAAUAUGUCAACAGCACCCUCUUCAAGAGGGAGCUCCCCUGAUGCUAAAAAGGACACCAGAAGUAGCCCUCGCUGCAGAAGCAAGCGCAACUUUAAGCAUAUGACGCCGGCUUGGAAUCUCAUGUUCCAGCCUCGAUCCUACGAAGAUAUUUACUCUGAACGAGCAUAUCUCACGGCUUCCCUCCAGAUGCACUCACUCAAAGCGAUCGAAUUAAUACACCAAUAUUCUUUAAUAGAAGAAGAGCUGCAUGCUAAGGAGCACAUCGGAAAACAGAGACGGAAGCUUCGCAAACAAAUGAGUUUCAUCAAAGUAAAAUUGGCCGAGGCGGCUCGCCAAGAGAAAGCAAUCCUUAUAAGGCUAGGCGAAUUGCAGAUGGAGCAACUAGGGAGAGACACUUGGGACCAGGUACAGCAGCGUAGGAUGUUUUACUCAUCAGCGCCAUCGUCCACGCCCCGGACGACAUCGUUCAACGCAACUUCGAAAGAAUUCGUUCCGUCUGAAAUUCAAUCUGUGAAUUUACCGGCACAUACUCAGCCCUGUUCAUCUGAAAUGGCCAAACCCAGAGUGCUUGACACAGUAGUUGAAGUACAAGAAGGGGGCGAAGAUGCCGUCGAUGGUAUUUCUAGUAAUAGCGAAACGGAAACCGAAUUGAAGCCAGAGACUGAUACCGAGUGCAAAGAUUUAUGCAAUCAUGGCCUGGAGUACACGUACAAAAAAUGCGACAAUGCGACAGAGACUUCACAGCUGCGUCCGUCCCACGUGAGAGAAAGGCUAUCGUUGUGUCUUGAGGAGAAGCGUAUGAGUCUUCCGACCCUCAGCUUCGUUUGGCCAAGCGCUUGA